GUCACUUGACCCGGUGUCCCGCUAACUCUGCAGCUCGGUCCCGCCCUGCCCUUGGGGAACGGGAGAGGGGGUGGGAGAGGCUUUCUGGGGCUCCAUCAAAGAGCUUGUAUUUUUCUGAGAACGAUGCUCGCAGACCUUGGGGUGUGCCCUUCUCUGGCAAAAGACGGCGCCCCUAGAUGUGCCUUGGAGUCAUCCUGCCGCAGGAUUCCGGUGUCCGCCCACUUAGCGGGAGUGGGCCUGCUGCUAGCCUUUCUUAGCACGCUCGGCUGCUUGGUACGGGCCCCAGGUGUAGGCAUGAACAUGGCAGAAGGGGACACCCUGAUAUCAGUGGAUUAUGAAAUUUUUGGGAAGGUCCAAGGGGUGUUUUUCCGCAAGUACACUCAGGUAUUAAUGAAUUUUAAAAGAUUGAAGUCAUACAAAGCAUGUUCUCCGUCCACAAUGGAACUAAACUACAAAUCAAUAACAGAAAGAAAACUAGAAAACCUCAAAAACCUGGAAACUGUGCAA